UGAGCUGUGUGCAAUAAUGAUGAGGUCUUCGAAGCAAACAACAGUUGUAUCCCUUCUUAUUUUGUUUCUCGCCGGUUCAGUUUUUUGUCUACAAGUCUCCAACUAUACACAAUGUAAGAGGCAAGCUUUCAGUUCGGAUUCCUUCGUGUGUAUUUGCACGGAGAGUUAUUGUGAUGGAUUUGAUAACCAGGAAGCGAAGCCAUUGACAGAUGAUAAUUUUGCUGUCUAUACAUCGUCUAAAGACGGCGCGAGAUUUGAGCUGAAUAUUGGUCAAACUUCGCCACAUUCUGGCGAGAACGAUGACAGCAUUCUGUUUCAAGUCGACGAAAGUCAGAAAUAUCAAGAAAUAAUCGGUUUUGGCGGCGCAUUUACAGAUGCUGCAACCAUAAACAUCAAAAACCUGAGCAAUAUUCUACAAGAUCAUUUAAUCAACUCGUACUACUCUCCCACGGGUAUCGAGUACAGCACUGGUCGCAUACCCAUGGCAAGUUGCGAUUUCUCGACAAGAAUUUACACGUACGACGAUGUCCCAGUGGACUUUAACCUUUCCCGCUUCAAGUUGGCCUCUGAAGAUCUGGUCUACAAAAUUCCCGUCAUUAAAACCGCGCUUAGUCGAAGUAAAAAGGAGGUGAAAUUGUUCGGCAGCCCGUGGUCUGCUCCGGCUUGGAUGAAAACCAGCAACAGCACUGUCGGUGGGGAGUUGAUUGGAGUGGCGGGCAAUAAUUAUCAUAAAACGUGGGCGGCAUAUUUUGUUAAGUUUCUCGAUGCGUAUAAAAAGGAGGGAGUGGAGCUGUGGGGGGUUACUGUGGAAAAUGAACCCAUUGCGGGUUAUGUACCAGGGUAUAAAUUUCAAUGUAUGGGUUUCGAUGGUGCGACGGAGAGAGAUUUUGUGAAAAGUGAUCUGGGACCAGCUUUGGAGCAGGCCGGAUACAGUGAUGUAAAGUUGAUGAUAUUCGAUGAUAACAGAAUAACUCUGCCUGGAUUUACAGAUAAAGUCCUGAGAGAUAAGGAUGCUGCAAAGUAUGUAUCUGGAGUUGCUGUACAUUGGUAUGAGGACUUUAUUCUACCAGCGUCAUUUCUGAGCGAUCUUCAUAACAGUCAUCCAGAAUAUUUUAUCCUUGGCACAGAAGCUUGUACGGGAUUUAGUUUUUUGGAGACGCGAGGUCCAGUUCUAGGGAGUUGGGAACGAGGAGAAAGAUACAGUCACAGUAUUAUUGAGGAUUUCCAACAUUGGGUCGCAGGUUGGACAGACUGGAAUCUCGCGUUAAACAUGGAAGGCGGACCAAACUGGGUGAAGAAUUUCGUUGAUUCACCGAUUAUUGUCGACAGCGAAGAUAACGUUUUCUAUAAGCAGCCAAUGUACUACCAUUUGGGUCACUUCAGUAAAUUUGUCCUUCCUGGUUCAUUUCGAAUUGACAUGACUUCCUCUUCGACGGUAAACGAACUGGAAUACGUAGCAUUUUUGCUCCCCGAUGGCUCGAAAUGUGUCGUUAUUUUGAACAGAAGUAAGAAUGAUAUAAAAAUUACAAUCAACAUUGGCAGAGGAUAUAUUAAUGGCGAGAUCAAGUCUUCGUCAAUACAAACAUAUUUGUGGCCGUGACAACUUAUGAGAUUUCGUACACAUGCAAUCAAGGUUUGUAAAUUUUAUCAUGAUUACUAACUUAGGAGGGAUUAAUAACACAGGAGCUGGUGUUAUUUGGUAAUGGUAGAUGCAAUUGAUUUGAUAGGUUAUGAUGUAAAAUUAAUCUUGUGACCAGGUCACCAGAGUGAUA